AUGUGGGGGCUGGCGCUGGCCCUGCUCUGCCUCCCGCUCGGGGAGGGGACGCUCAGGAUCCCCCUGAGGAGGGGCAGGUCCAUCCGGGAGGUGAUGAGAGAGAAGGGGCUGCCAGAGGGUUUCCUGAACAACCUCAGAGGGGACCCGGGGAGGAAAUACCAGCUCAGUGGUGCUGUGGCUUAUGAACCUCUCAUGAACUACCUGGAUACCUUCUACUUUGGGGAGGUCAGCAUCGGGACCCCUCCCCAGAAUUUCCUGGUGAUCUUCGACACCGGCUCUUCCAACCUGUGGGUUCCCUCCACCUACUGCCAGAGUCCAGCCUGUGAGGAUCACACCAGGUUCAACCACAGCCUGUCGUCCACCUUCCUGGGCACCGACGUGACCUACACCCUGAGAUACGGGUUCGGGGACCUGUCGGUGGUGCUGGGAUAUGACACGGUGACAAUCCAGAACAUCAUCAUCAGGAACCAGGAGUUUGGCCUGAGCCUGUACGAGCCCAGCAGACCCUUUUACUACCUGGAUUUUGAUGGGAUUUUGGGCAUGGCUUACCCAGGCGUUGCCAUCAGUGGUUUCAACACGCUGAUGCAGAACAUGCUGCAGCAGAACCAGCUCAGUGAACCCAUCUUCAGCUUCUACUUCUCCCGCAACCCAACAUAUAGUUACGGUGGGGAAGUCAUCCUGGGGGGAGUUGACCCCCAGCUGUACUCCGGGGAGGUUUUAUGGGCUCCUGUGGUCCAGGAAUUGUACUGGAAGAUCAGUAUCGAGGAGUUCUCCAUUGGGUAUUCAGUCACCAGCUGGUGCAGCCAAGGCUGUCACGGCAUUGUGGACACUGGGACAUUCCUGCUGACCAUCCCAGGGCAGUUCAUGCCAGCCCUGCUGCAGGCGCUGGGCGCAGAGGAGAGCGACUACGGGUUCCUCGUUGACUGCAGCAGUGUCCCAAACAUGCCCACCCUCUACUUUGCCAUCAGUGGGGCCUGGUUGUCGCUGCCUCCCACUGUCUAUGUCCUAGAGAACGAUGGCAUCUGCACCGUGGGGGUCGAGAGCACUUAUGUGCCCUCUGCCAGUGGCCAGCCCCUCUGGAUCCUCGGCAACCUCUUCCUCAGGCAGUAUUACUCCAUCUUUGACAUGGCCAACAACAGAGUUGGCUUUGCCCUGGCAACUUAGGGAUGCUGAGCAUCACCCAUGGCAGAAUUUGUCCCUGGAACACCUU